AAUGUUCUUCCUUUUAAAACCCUACUAAGGCAGAUUCACAACUCUCCUAGGAUUUGGGCAGAUUUCAAAUCUCCUAAUGGAACCGACAAUGGAUGCCAAGUUACAAGAAUUCGCGAGGCUUACAUCAGAUAAGCUUAAAAAUCCUAAACAGGCAAAACCCAUAUCGAAAAAUAUUAACUUCUCACCGGAAACAGCUAAAUCUGUAGAAUCGAAGCAAUUAAAGUUGAAAAUGGAGAAUAGUGAGAGACAGAUUCGUGUGCCGCUGAAGGAAGUGGUCUCUGAUUGCGUGAAGAGAUGGUUUCAAGACGCGCUCAAGGAAGCCAAGACAGGGGAUACUGGUAUGCAGGUCUUGGUCGGUCAGAUGUAUUACAGUGGCUAUGGAGUUGCUAGAGAUGUCCAGAAGGGAAGAACUUGGAUUUCAAGAGCUUCAAGAAGUCGAUCUUCAGUUUGGAAGGUCAGCGAUAAACACCCAGGUUAUAAUGCAAGCGAUUCAGAUUCGGAGGAUGAGUUGAAGGCUGAUACGGAUACCAAAUAAGAUCCUUUUUUUUUCUUCUUGUUUGAAAAA